UUCAUGCAGUCUGAUUUAAACAAUUAUGAACUACAUUAUAUGAAUGUAUUACCCGAUUUAGAGUUUCAAUUUAAAUUAUAGAAAUUAGUUAUCAAUAACAUUAAGUUUACUGUCAAUCUGAAAACAACAGACGAAUAGCCACAGUACAUGUACUGCUAUUUACCUCCACCUGACGGAGGCAGUUGGAGAAAGAAUGACACCAAAAACUGGCCUAAGUUAGCGUAUGAAGACCUUGUGGACUAUCUGAUUUUGUCAAAAGCAUACGAUGGGAAAAUGAUGAAAUCCUUCAGAGCCUUGUAUGGUUAUAAUUAUGUCCAGAAUGGCUGGAUGGGUGACAUUUACUCAUGCACAUCUAAUGGCGUAUACUUUUUGAAGUCAACAAUAUCGCCAAGUCAACCUGGGAUUGGAAGAAAUGACUAUGAUGCAUGGGUGGCUGUGUCAUCUGACUCUACAGUCUUGACGGGUCACUGUACUUGUCCAGCUGGAAAGGGAAGAACAUGCAGCCAUAUAUCUGCAAUUAUAUAUGCUGUAACAACUGCUUGGACCCAUGGCGUUGGAGGUAAAACAUGCACUGAUGAACAGGUUGCUUGGGGAAAAGGAGCAUCAAAAGUGUUAUGCCAUGACAAACUCUCAGAUAUUGAGUUCAAAAAGCCCGGUGCAUUUGAUACACCUACAUUGGAUAAGCCAUCAAAAUGUGACUUGCCGUUACCUCCUUUUAGACAGUUGGUUGACCACAGUGAUCUACAAAAACAUGUUGAAUCGUCAUCUUCAAAAACAAUCUGGGACUGUAAGCAAACACUGUUGUACAAAGUUCUCCAUGCACCAGAGAGAACUGCAGGAAUGAACAGAACUGAAGUUAAUGAGACCAGUCAUGGCAACCAUAAUGUUGACAGUACUAAGCCAGUGUCGGGAUCUUUGUCGUGUCCGCAGUGCGAUGUCACAUUUCAAAAGUAUGUGUGCUUAGACAAUGAAAAAGUCAAAUCAAUUCAACAGAAGACAGAAGCACAAAACUCAGACAUGUGGAUAGACAGUAGAAAGUUUAGGAUUACUUCAAGUCGUGUCCAUGCUCUACCCAAAACAGGCCGUGCUGAUCCCAAUAAAUUUGUUGUGGGUCAGUUAUAUAACAGGUUCAAGGGAUCCGUAGCUACUAGACAUGGGCAAAAGUUUGAACCGGUGGCACGCCAAUGGUUUGAAAAAACUUCUGGACAAACUGUUAAUCGAUGUGGACUUGUAAUUUGUCAACAAGAACCUUACAUUGCAGCAAGCCCGGACGGAUUGAUUGACAGUGACACGAUUGUGGAAAUCAAAUGCCCAACAAAACCUCUUUAUGAUUUAGUCAUGUCUGGAAAGUAUGAUGUGGUGCUAAAGGAGGAAAAGCCAUACUUGGACCCCAAAGGGAAAAAUGGAUAUUACACCCAAGUUCAGGUAGCAAUGUACUGCACAAAGGCUUCCCUGUGUAAGUUUAUUGUGUGGACAAAUGAAUAUCAAAUUGUUACAGACGUGCCGUUUGAUGAAGAAUUCGUCAUGCUUUUACUACCGCGAAUCAGGAAAUUUUACUUCGAGCAUUUGCUCGUGCGUUUGUCUGAAGAAUUAAGGUCCAACCGAUUGCAGUUAUCCUCUGAGUACAAGGAACUUUGUAAAUGAGCGCCAUAUUCAAGCUAAAAAAUGUGUAACAAAAGUAGUGUUGAAAGACUUGUUGUUUCUAGAAAAAGAAGACACUGAAAACUGUAUAUUUAUCAUACUUUAUAUUUAAAGUGUUCAAGGACUUUAUUUGACUGAUGGCAUGCAGAUAACAUGAAUACACAAUAAUAUCAAAUCUGAAAAUUAACAUUAUAUUUUCUUAUUCUUGUAUAUAUAAUACCUCAUUAAUGAAAGACACAGUCAUCAAUAUAAUAGUAAUAGUAUCAAUAUGAGAUGCGUUCUGAGAAAAUGGGGCUUAAUGCAUGUGGGUAAAGUGUCAUCCCAGAUUAGCCUGUGCAGUCCACACAGGCUAAUCAGGGACAACACUGACCGUUUUUAUGGUAUUUUUUGUUGAAAGGAAGUCUCUUCUACACGCAAAUCCAGUGAAGGUGGUCACUGAUUAGACUGUGCGGACUGCACAGGCUUAUCUGGAACAGCACUUUAGGCACAUGCAUUAAGCCCUGUUUUCUCAGAACACAACUCAUAUGUUAGAAAAUAUUUACAUUUAAAUAAAAGCUUACACUUUA